UUUCAUACACGCAAGCGGUAACACAUGAAAAACAAUAAAACCCCACAAUCUUAGAAAUAUCUGAAAUUCAGGAUUAAUUCAUUUCUUAAAAUCCCUUUUUUCUUUCAAGAUAUUUUUUUAUAAGGGUUUAUAUUUCCUCCUUUUCUCUACCCAGAAAAUUUGAAUUGUUGAUCAAUUUAUCAUCAUUUUUUAUAAUAUAAUUGUAAUUGUAAAUUAUCAAAUAAUAAAAAAUGGGGCAACAACAAUCAAAGGCUGAAGUGCUGUACCAGCAGGUCGCUUAUGGAAACAUCGACAGCAUCAAAGCUCUUCACGGAGAAGGUGCUGGACUUGAGUAUGUGGAUAGAGAAGGGAAGACUCCAUUAGCACUUGCUUGUCUGAAUCCACAGCUUUUUGAUGUUGCUAAAACUCUAAUAGAGUUGGGUGCCAAUGUCAAUGCAUAUCGCCCAGGUCGUAAUGGAGGGACACCUUUACAUCAUGCAGCAAAACGUGGCCUGGAAAAUACUGUGAAGUUGCUUCUUUCACAUGGAGCAAAUGCUCUAAUGGUCAAUGAUGAUUGUCAAACCCCACUAGAAAUUGCUAGGGCAAAAGGCUACAGCAAUGUAGUUCGUGCAAUUGAGAAUCACACCUGCUUAUACUCUGGCUGGUUACGAGAGCUUUAUGGGCCAGGAUUUCUUGAAUUGCUAGCCCCACAGCUCCUUUCAAGAAAAGUGUGGGUGGUUGUUCUUCCAUGCGGUACUCGUAAUCUCAGAAAGCCUUUCAAGUUGGAGCUUGCCAUUUAUUCAACUAUACAGGAUGCUGAACCUCGUACAAAUAUUGCUUUAUGGAGGGCCAAUAUGGAGGAACCAGAUUUUAACCAGCCUGAUCCUGCAGUAAUAAUCACUGAAGUAGCUGCCAUUCGAAGGCGUGGAAAGAGGAGAAGUUGUAGGCCUCGACAUGUUAGUCAGACACGCAUUAAACUCACGCCAGUUAAUGAAAGUGACAAGCAACAGCUUCAACAGUUCUGUAGUGCAUGCAAAGGAAUACCACAGGUGAUGCAUCCAAAUUUCCCCUUCAACACUACAACACCAGUUGUUCCAUCAAUUACACUACCAGCUGCUGCUGCAGAAGCCUCACCAAAUUCUGUGGAUACCUCAGCUGCUUCUGAGGAAGAUAUGGAGUUAACCAUGGCAAUAAAUGCCUCUCUUCAGUCGGCUAUAGAAGAAGGUAUACCCUUCGACCAUAUCCAGGCACCCAAUGAAGCAAGUUCAUCCUCUACCGUUAUGCCUUCUGUUCCCUUCAAGGGUAAAGUUGACCCUCCUUCAAAAAAACUAAGUUGCUCAGAACAGCUGGUUGAGGAAGAAGGAAGGCCUAGCGACUCUUCUUCCAUAUCGACCAAUGACACUCCGACACCUAUGCCAGUUCCAUCAGCCCCAACUCUUACCGAUGAGGUUAUGUCCGAUGGUCCUAUCCAUUAUCCUACCAUUGAUUCAAGCAUGUUUGAGAAAACAUAUACUACUGAAGAUGGAAACCAGAGAGCUGGAUCUUCGUCAUGUGUAAUAUGCUUCGAUGCUCCAGUUGAAGGUGCAUGUGUGCCCUGUGGCCACAUGGCUGGGUGCAUGUCGUGUUUGAAUGAAAUUAAAUCUAAGAAAUGGGGAUGCCCUGUUUGCCGCACCAAUAUUGACCAAGUGAUUAAGGUGUAUUCUGUUUGAGCGCCAUCUUCAGCGUGUUCUCUGUGAAUGAAAUGUUACAUGCUGAAUUGAUCUGCAACUAUGCAUCUGCCAUUAUACUAUGGUAUAUGAAGAACUCAGAAGUUAGUCUAUGUUUCGGUACUAAAGAUGAAUGUCAAUGUAUCAGAUGCCGCCAUUGUCCGUCCUUCCUACAAGGAAAAUGUUAUUACUAGAGAAUUAUACUCGUAAUUUUGUAAACAUUAAAUUUCUGUAAAUAGACUUGCAGCUAGACUGAUAAACAUAAAUAUUAUACGUAUGUAAUUUUUCUAAAUUAAAUACCUUCAUUUUGUUUUA